UGUGUUGAGCAGGACGUGUACGUUGAGCUUCUCUCCUGUCAUGGCUGUGGAUUUUAGCGGAUCGUGGCAGAUGUACGAGCAGGACGACCCUGAGGAGUUUCUCAAAGCUGUGUCUGUACCACACCUCAUGGCAAAGAUAAUGAGGGAUGUGAAGCCCUUAAUGAUUAUACAACAAACAGGUGAUGACUUUGUGAUUUCGGUUAAAACGCCGCUGCGCACAAACACCAACUCCUUCACGCUGGGCAAAGAGAGUGAAUUCCACACCAUGGAUGGAGCAAAGACCCGGGCUAUGGCACAAAUGGUUGAUGGCAAAAUUAUCAUAGAAACAGAGAAAGCCACACACAUCCGUGAGCUCCAGGGAGAGGAGAUGAUUGAGACCAUUAAAGCUGGAUCUGCAUCCCUGGUCAGAAGAUACAAGAGGACUUGAAGCAGACACUGGCUGAAUUAAUAAAAAACUCAUUUAAAAAUAAAACAGCAGGUUUGUGUAAUAAUAUAAUUUAAAACAGCUGUAUGUAAGUUAUGAAUCCUA